AUGAGUAACCACCGUGGAGUAACCACCGUAGUAUCGAAUCCGAAUCGACGGUUGCAGCAACGCCGUCCGGUGAUUCACGUUUUACCGGACGAGGUUGCUUUACGAGUUGUCUGCCACGCGUCAGUUAUCGGUGGCAUAAUCGGAGCAAACGGCUACGUUGUUUCCAAGCUCCGGCGUGAGACCGGUACUAAAAUCCACUGCGAGUCUCCGGUGAACGGGUCCGACCACUGGGUCGUAUUCAUCGUCGGGUCAACCGCCGUUAACAAAAGCGUUCUGUUGACUGAUAGAGUCGGAGAUUUCUCCGGUGGGGAACACGAAGAUUGGGUGACUUGUGAGGUUUCCGCUGCUCAGACGGCGUUGAUUAGGGUUUUGGAGAGAUCAUGGGUGGUUUUAGCGGCGAAAGAUAGCGGCGGAAUCGUCGCCGGUGAUGAUGAAGAAGCUUAUUGUGGGAUUCUCGCUGAUCGGAAUCAGAUUGGAGCUGUUUUGGGUUUGGGUGGGAAGCAUGUGGAAUGGAUGCGGAAGAAUUCUGGUGCCAUGAUUAGGGUUUUGCCUCCGCCGACUUGUGGUACUAAUAAUGAUGAAUUGAUUCAGAUUACUGGCGAUGUAUUGGCUGUGAAGAAGGCACUAGUUAUGGUAUCGACUUGUCUUCAAAACUGUCCGCCGAACAACGGGUAUCCACCGCCACUUUGCUGCAAAGCUUACGAAUCAUCGACCAAUGGAAACUCAGAGGAUCCGCAUUCUGAGUUUUUCCCGAACCUGCGUUCUUCGUUGCCUAAUGCUUCACAAGUAGCAUCCAAUCGGCAUUUACCAUCACUGUAUGAAGAAGGAAACAGUUUCCAUGGUUCUAAAGAUACUGAAAGAAAGGUUGUGUUCAAAAUAAUCUGCACAAGUUUUGCAGCUGGAGGCAUAAUUGGGAAACAAGGAACUAUUAUCAGAGCUCUGCAGAAUGAAACAGGUGCUUCUAUUUCGAUUGGAGCUCCAUUAAAAGUAUCUGGUCAACGAGUUGUUACCAUUUCUGCACGUGAGAACCUCGAGUCGCGGUACUCUCAUGCACAGAAUGCUCUGGCUCUUGUAUAUGCAAGAUCUGUUGAGAUUGGUGUUGAGAAAGGUCUUCUCUCUGGAUUGCACAAUGGUACUGUUGUGAAGGCUAAGCUAGUGGUACCAUCGCAGUUUGCUAAUGGCUUGAUUGGAAACAGAGAAGCAAUCAUAGCAACUGGUGCUGAUGUACACAUUCCAGUAGGUGACCAGAUUCUGGACUAUACCUCGGAAAAUGAAGUGGUGAUAGAGAUUAAGGGAGAGUAUAGGCAUGUACAAAAGGCCUUGACUACCGUUUCUUCUAAAUUACGGGAGAGCCUAUUGCCAAAGGAGGUUUUAGAAGAAAUGCGAGCUAGAGUUAGUAAUCCAUAUGAAAGUGCAGGAGCAAGCCAUAACUACAAUAUGCAACCAUCACAACAAAAUGCAAGCAGAGGUGAUUCUCUCUCGGUAUCAGAUGGUGAACAAGAUGUGAAGAUGGUCAGAAGCGGUGCGGAAUUAAUGAAGUCGAUCGAUUAUCUGAUGCACACCGAGGCCCUUAAAGACGCGGAUGAACUCAAAGGCUUUACGCGUCCACCAAGUUCACUGGAGAAUGACUUGACACAGGGAAUGAAACAGCUUCAACUUUCUAGCAAUGGAGACAUCUCUUCUUUACCACCACGAAGUAAAGGUGUAUCUUUGAGAAACGUUACCUUGGAGUUAGCCUUCGAGAAAGACGCUCUAGGUUCACUAUAUGGCAGAGAUGGCGCCGGUCUAGAUAAUCUACAACAGAUUUCAGGGGCCAAAGUGGCUGUGAAGGAUCCUACAGGAGUCGAGGUGACGGUCUUAAUCUCUGGAAGUCCUGAGGAAACCCACACAGCGAUGUUGUUGAUUGUCUCAAUCCUUGCUGAUCAAUGA